AUGGAUGAAUGCGAAGCAGUUUCCGGAGAUGAUCGGUUUGAUCCUUGUAAAGUGACAGACAGCUCUCGAAUAGACGCAUGCUACGUAGACCCGACUAAACCAGAUCCGGGUCCUGAUGCUUAUGACGAAUUCGAAGCUUGUCUAAAUGGUAGUGGUUUGACAAUACGCGUACUCAAGGAUACGCAUCAUGUGCAGAAUAUAUGCGAUGGCACGGAAAAUUUCGACAAUGCUGAAAGCGCAAGCGAUUGCGAAUGUGCGCAAACUAACAGUCAAAACUCUCAGUGCAAUUUGAAUGAACUUUUGCAGUGCAGCGAUUUUGCACGCAAUCAAGUUAAACGCCGUACGGGCGGCCACAUUAUCAAUCAUCCAAAGUUACCAAAAAUUCGUGCCAAUAUUAAGUACUCGGGCAAUGAUUAUUGCUGUCCGGAUAGUUAUCAUGUACCAUUUUCGAGAUUAAAGCAAUUUUGCGAUACUCAAGAGAAUAAGGUUGACGCGUAUCGUCGUCGUAAGCCAUGUGAUCGCGGAGUUCGAGCACCGUUACAUUCUGACGACAAUCGGAGCUGUUGCGUUCAAGUCAAUCGCGACGAUAUAAAGAAUGCGUUACAGGGUGUUAAUGUUGAUGCAAGAAAGAAAGGCAUUGAGGUUUGCUAUAGAACGUGCGAGGAAACGGACAGUGAUGUGUUUUUAGUGAAAUUGGGCAGCAAACACAAAAGCCAAAAGAAGAAGAAUAACAUCGAGAUUGAAUUGAAGACGCCGAAGCAACCAUUGGUAUUGCCUAAGCAAAAGGUAACAACUCAGACGCAGAUAAACGAGGCCGAAUUGGAUGCCGCUCUUACCGGUGUCUGCAAAGGCAAAGGCAAAGGCAAAGGAAAGGGCAAAGGCAAGGGUAAGGGUAAGGGCAAAAAGAAAUAAUCGAACAAAGUUCCUACAACAGCCCAUAAGCAGCGACGGCGCUCUCUCUACCUCAAUAUAAAAAGAAAAAUUGAUUGGAAUUUUGUGAUCUCUUGUGGUGCAGUCACUUUAGAACGAUGUUCAGACAACACUAUAUAUGGAAUAAUUGAAAUCUACUUAUAUGAUGUAAAAUUUUGUGCGCUCAAUUUUUGUUUUUUUUCAUAAUAGUAUAUAUACAUAUACAUAUAUCUCGAUAUUUUAUGGAUAUUUCACAACAACGGAUACACGGCGUCUGUUGUACGCUCACAACGUACGUACACAAUACACAUAUUUCCCUAAUUCCUAGCCAUU